AUGUCCUCUAGGGUUCAGUACCUGCUUGCCAUGCCCAAACCAACAUCGAUGGAGACCGUAGUGCAGGCGGUGUCACUGUACUUCGAUCUCGAACAUAUUGUGAUGGAAGGCAGUACAAAGAGAGUCCUGGUAAGCGACCGAAUCAAGAAUGGGACCCAUCCGAAUAGACGAGCAGACGCAGCGGCGGGAAGUGCCUCGCGAGACAAUGUUGACUGCUACUCGAAACGAGCGAAUCGACAAUUACAGCCCGACACACAGUCCGCAGCUAACGGGAAAGAUACACACCGAAUGCCACAACGUCGAGGCUGUCGAUCAACGCAUCUCGCGCCGCGAUCGGGUCAAACCAGUCGGAAUGGCACGCGGAAGAAGAGGCAACGUACACACUGCGAUCGGGUCAAACCAGUCGGAAUGGCACGCGGAAGAAGAGGCAACGUACGUGCCAAGUGCGGACCAAAACCAACAAGGAAUGACCCGCAGAAAGAGGCAGAAAUCAUCCGGCCGCACGGUUGA